UGUCUGUUGGGGAAAAGAUCUCGAGCAAAACAACUUCUCUGUUUACCUAAUCCGGGCAUUUCGCUCAACACAAUGAUGUCUGUACUUGCCAGCCUUGUUUUGCUUGUAAUACUGAAGGACUGCUCAGGUCAUGCUAUCGAAGGGUGCAGUUCUGACUCUCCUAUGGAUGUGGAUCCGGCUCCCCUAUUUUUUAAAUGCGUAGACCUCACACCUGACCAGCAUGUGUCCUGGCACCUGUUGAAAAGGGAUGGCAGCAAUAACGAUGAAAUCAGCCUCUUGAAUGUUGCGGUGUGUUUACGGGGUGAAUUUUGCAGUUCACUGCUCACUGGUGCUGCCGCAGAGCGAUCGGAUGACGGCUCCAGCGUUCUGAAAAUAUUCUCACCUGCUGUGUUGGAGUCCUUGAGCAUCACCUGCAGGGCUUUUGAUAGCAUAACUACGUACAGCACCAGGUACAUGACCGACUACACCUGCAACUUAGCCAUAAGAAAUAACCCAACCAUGUCUUGCGGGAUAGAACCAAAUCAGGACCAGACCAUGUAUACCGCAGGCUGUCGCAUUGAAAAUAUUUACAUCAUAAGCCGACAUUACUCAUGCCUAUUCAUUAAGCUGGCCGAGGAUGGGACUGAAGAGAUCUUCGGGAAUUCCACCUUCCUAGUGACAGAAAGACCAGUCCCCGUUUCAGGCUUUUGUUCUAUCCAGUUUCCGAGUGCAGAAUACAGCUCGCUGAUUGUACGCCUUCAUCCUAAUGAAGUGCAAGCCAUCGCCAAUUUAAGAGUGUGAUGUGCUCACAAACCACUCUUCUCUUAUAAUUUGUAUUCAGAGGCGUCUAAAUUUUAAGUCUCCCAUACUUGAAGCAGAUUUACUUAUCUUUAAAGACGCCGUCGAAGAAUUGUCCAGCUGCUAUACAUGGAAGUGUAUCGUAUGAUGAAAAAGAAAUAAAAUGAAAAUUUCUUGAA